AAAUUCAUUUCCAUGGUUACGCGUAAACACAACAGCAACUGAAGCGGGAUAGCUCUGAAGUAGAACAUUUUUAUGUUAUCGUUACACGAAGACACAUCGCAUAAACAAGAAACGUCGAGAGAGACAGAAAUGGGCAACGAACAUAAAGGUGAUGCCACUCCCCAAGGCCCUAAAGUCACCUCGCAGAUUCCUGGACUGUCUCUCGACAUUCAGGACCCCGUUGAUGACAGUGUCAGUUGCCGCCGUUUAGGCGUUUUCGAGACAGAUUCAAAUUAUGUCAAACUUGCAAAACAAGGUGGACACAAAGGAUUAUUGAGGCAUGAAGAAACAGAUAUGACCGUCAAAACAAAUGCACCAUACAAACCUCCCGAUUGGUUCUGUGUUGACUCAGAUGACAAUGAGUCAUCCAGUUUCUCUACUUACAGCCCAACUAAAGGAAUCAAUCCAAGGUUCUUGGUACAUCAGGAGUUCCAGAAAAGUGCAAAGAAGUCCAUUCAACCGCUAGAUAUUCCCUUUGGGAGUGAUAAUAAGUCCGCUUGGGAGCGAGAGGCUGAUAGUAUUACUACUGAAGAGACACUUGACAUUGAUGAUUCAGCAAGCAAACUGAAGAAGUUGACCAUAUCACCAAAAUACCAAGAGGCCAAUAAGUUCAGAAAACAGGCUUUAAACAAGAACCCAGCCCCUGUGAGCAUGUCCAAACUCUUGAGCUUUGGUUACCUAGAGGAGGACAGGAGUCCUGCAAGAGUCCCUGCACACAAUCUCACUCCGCCACCAGACACCACUGGGCUGAUGGACAGGGCCUAAUGAAGGGCGUGUUCUUGUGCUGCAGGUGCGACAUCUGCUCGGAGAAGCCGCGCAGCUCCGUGGAAGACCCAAGAGUAGCAGUCCUGUGGACGCACAGACGAGCUCACUCUUCGCUAUGGCAGACUUCUCCCUCUGACCGCUGAGGAUAGGUUCAGCACAUUUGAGAGACAUGAUGUCAACUCUAAAGGAAUGUGUGAUUCUUGUGUGUGUGUGUGUUUAUAAUGUUUGUGUGGUAUUUUUUGAAGUUAUGUUAUGUUGUGCUAUUAAAAUCACAUUGAAAAUCCAAAA